AUGGUGGCAUGUUUUGGACCAGAAGAAGCUGUGAAGAUAAUGGAGGACAUCCUGAGGAAGAUGAACCAGAAUGAUUUGGUUAAACAGUUGGAGAAUGAACACAAGAAAGAGCUGCAAAACUUCUUGAAAACUCACAAAAACCAUAUGAAGAAGAAAGCUAAAUGUAUUUUUGAGGGCAACAACGAAAACGACACAGAUCUCAAGACUGUUUACACAGAGCUGUUCAUCACAGAGGGAGAUAUGAAAGAUGUCAAUCACGAACAUGAGAUUCUGAAGAUUGAUAAUGCUUUCAGGAACAAAAAAACACAGGAUAAACCAAUCAAAUGCAAUGAUAUAUUUACUGAACUGAGGAAAAACUACGAGGAGAAGAUUGUGCUGACCAAGGGAGUCGCUGGCAUCGGAAAAACUGUCUCUGUGCAGAAGUUCAUCCUGGACUGGGCAGAAGGAAACACCAAUCAGGAUAUAGACUGUGUGUUCCUGCUUCCAUUCAGAGAGAUCAACAUGAUUAAAGAUAAAGAGGUCAAUCUCCAUGAGUUUCUGCUGAAAUUUUAUCCUGAAUUGAAGAACCUGGAGAAUGCAAAGUUAUAUAAGGAAUGUAAGCUAGCGUUUAUAGUUGAUGGACUUGAUGAGAGUCGACUUCCAUUGAACUUUAAAAGUGAAACAGUGGACACUGUUGAGGAAAGAGCAUCUGUAGAUGUGCUGUUCACAAGUCUGGUCAAAGGUAAGCUGCUUCCAUCAGCUCUUGUCUGGGUGACAUCACGACCAGCAGCAGCCACUCAGAUCCCUCCUCGGUGUGUGGGUUUGUUCACAGAAGUGCGAGGAUUCACCGACCAACAGAAGGAGCAGUACUUCAGAAAGAGAAUCACAGAUGAGACUCAAGCCUCCAGAAUCAUCUCACACAUUAAGACGUCUCGUAGUCUCUACAUCAUGUGCCACAUUCCUGUGUUCUGCUGGAUCGCAGUCACAGUACUUCAGGAUAUUCUCAUUGAGAACAAUGCAGAGAACAUCACCACUACACUCACUGAAAUGUACAUUCACUUCCUGCUGAUACAAAUGGACAUAAAGAACCAAAAGUACGAUGAACAAGAAGAAACAGAACGUACAGAACACUUACAAUUAAAUAGAAAGAUGAUUUUGAAGUUAGCCAAGCUAGCGUUUGAACAGCUGAAGAAGGAAAACAUUGUGUUCUAUGAGAAGGAUCUGAAAGAAUGUGGUAUUGAUGUGAGUAAAGACACUGAGUUCACAGGAAUGAUCGCUGAGAUCUUUAAGAUGGAAGAUGGACUUUAUAAGACAAAGGUCUUCUGCUUUGUGCAUCUGAGUGUUCAAGAGUUUCUUGCUGCAGUGCAUGUGUUCAUCUGCUACCUGAACAAGAACAUGCAGGAGCUUCAGUUUUUCUUUGAUAAGCCCAAGGAAAAUAUCACAUUGCAUGAGCUACUGCAGAAGGCUGUUGAUAAAGCCAGGUGGAGUCAGAGAGGACAUCUGGAUCUGUUCCUGCGGUUUCUGAUGGGCAUUUCACUGGAAUCCAGUCAGAAACUGCUCCAAGGCCUGAUUACACACACUGAAGACACCACAGAGAGCAUCAGACAAACAACUGAAUACAUUAAACGAGAUCAAAAUAAAUAUGGUAUCUCAGAUGAAGCCUUAGUCAAUCUUUUUUACUGCUUACUUGAGCUGAAAGAUAAUUCAUUAUAUGAGAAAAUCCAGAGUUACCUCCGUUCAGAUGCACAUCCAGGAAGAGACCUCUCAUCUUCAAUGUGCACAGUGCUGACCUACAUACUGCUGAUGUCAGAGAAGGUGCUGGAUGAGUUCAACCCAAAGAGGUUCACGUCACCUUCAAACUACAAGAGACUCGUUCCAGCUGUGAGAGGCUGCAUAAAAGCCUUAUUUGACGGCUGUGGUCUUGAUGAAGCAUGCUGUGAAACUGUGUCUUCUGCUCUACAAUCAUCAAACUCUCAUCUGAGAGAGCUGGACCUGAGUAACAAUGACCUGCAGGAUUCAGGAGUGAAGCUGCUCUCUGAUGGACUGAAGAGUUCACACUGUCGACUGAACAUACUGAGGCUAUGUGGAUGUAAUCUCACUGCUCAGUCCUGUGAGAGUUUGUCUUCAGCUCUACAAUCAUCAAAUACCCAUCUAAAUGUGCUGGACCUGAGUAAAAAUGACCUGCAGGAUUCAGGAGUGAAGCUGCUUUUUGAAGGUCUGAAUAGUCCAAACUCUAAGCUGGAGAUAUUGAGAUUUUCCAUCUGUAAUCUCACUGCUCAGUCUUGUGAGAGUUUGUCAUCAGUUUUACAAUCAUCAAACUCUGAGCUGAGAGAGCUGGACCUGAGUAACAAUGACCUGCAGGAUUCUGGAGUGAAGCUGCUUUCUGAUGGACUGAAGAGUCCAAACUGUCAGCUGGAGAUACUGAGGUUAUCUGGCUGUAUGGUGACAGAGGAGGGAUGUUGUUAUGUGUCUUCUGCUCUGACUUCAAACCCCUCACACUUGAGAGAGCUGGAUCUAAGCUAUAAUCACCCCGGAGAUUCAGGAGUCAAGCUGCUCUCUGAAAAACUGGAGGAUCCAAACUGCUCACUGGACAAAUUCAAUGUGGAUCAUGGAGGAGAAUCCAGGAUUACAGCAGGACUACAGAAAUGUACGUCUAAACACACACACACACACACACACACACUCUCUCUCUCUCAC